UACACGGGCAUGUUGUUCCCAAAACUUGCCUGUUAUGUCUAAAGGAUUCUGUGCACGCCUCUGAUGCAUAUGAUGCUGUCUAGGUAGGCAACUCACUGGACUAUUAAACACACCCGUAGUGUUUGUGAGUAAGCGCUGGGAUGAGUUUAGAGAAAGCGGAGAAGGUUUUACCUCAUGAGAGCAUAACGUCAGUGACUGUGUGGUCUUUGUGUUUAUAUUUGUUGAGUAAUUUGUUUUUAGACUCAGACAAACCAACCAUUAUUUUUAUUUGAAAUGUAGCGUUUUGAGGACUCGUAAUGGAAACCGCAGUAAAACUGGAGACUGGUGGUACUCUGCUCUCUCAUUCAGUAAUGAGAAGUCAGAUGCAUCCCUGAAACUUCUGGAGAGUCGGUGUUUCCAGCGAUGCCUCCGCAGGGAGGUGGAGAAUAUAAGGCUGUUCCUGGGACAGUUGUGCCGCCGGUACCCCCGAGAAGAUUGCGGAGCAGAGAUUUGAAAAGCCGCUUUGGGUCCGCAGCUGAGCGCAGGGUGAAAUGCGUUCUGGUUGGCGAUGGUGCAGUGGGUAAAACUAGUCUCAUUGUCAGCUACACCACCAAUGGAUAUCCCACCGAAUAUGUGCCGACGGCUUUUGAUAACUUCGCAGCGGUUGUAGCUGUGGAUGGCAAGCCUGUGAAACUUCAACUCUGUGACACAGCCGGGCAGGAUGAAUUUGAUAAGCUCCGACCGCUGUGCUACACCAAUGCUGACGUCUUCCUGCUUUGCUUCAGUGUGGUAAGUCCCUCCUCUUUCCAAAAUGUGAGAGAAAAGUGGGUGCCAGAGAUCCGUCGGCACUGCCCGAAGGCGCCGAUUCUGCUUGUUGGCACCCAAGCUGACCUCCGUCAAGAUGUCAAAGUGCUCAUCCAGCUAGCUACGUAUAAAGAGAGGCCAGUGGACCACCAAGAUGCCUGCUUGUGCGCAGAGGAGAUGCAGGCCGUCUCAUACAUGGAGUGCUCCGCGCUCACCCAAAAAAACCUAAAGGAGGUGUUUGACACAGCUAUAGUGGCCAGCAUCCAGUACUCUGACAGUCAGCAGCAGAAAAAGAGACUGAAGAAGCGCACGCCUGACAAAAUGAGGAAGCUUUCCAAAUCCUGGUGGAAAAAAUACUGCUGUCUGGCCUAGAGGAUUGAAUCUGAUUGUGUGUAGAUGCUGUUUUAACUGGAACUGGCGGUUUUGGAAAUAAAUAAAUAAAUGCUUUAUGCUCCUUUCUAGUGGAUUAACUGGAGCAGAAAUGGCUAUGAAACAUUGAAAUGAACAGUGCUGAAAAGAUGAGCAAUUUUUUUAUGAAAUGGAAAGACUCAACCAGCCAACGUUAAGAUGUCAAUAACAAUAGAGGAUUGAGCUUCACUGUUCAUUCGAGGGUCUGUUCUUCAUUUGGAAAGUCCCAGCUUCACCUCAAAUGGUCACAUGAACAAUUCAAGGGCAAGAGUCAUCUGUCUUCACCUUAUCUUCUACUUCAAAGUGAGCUCAUGAAUCACCCCACUACCAAACAUCUAUUUAGACUUCCCUUGAACGUUUGUUCCUCAUGAAAAAUUAAGAUCCUGUUGACAAGUCUUAGCAAAACCGUAAUAUUUUGUUGGUGGUUUAACAUAAAUAAGACCUAGUUAUUAACAUGAACAGGAUAAUUUGCUCUCAACAAGCCUGGGUUAUCUCCUUUGUCUCGGUGGAGAAGUGAUCAAGGUUUAAUCUGAGAUAGUCAAGUGUUCCAUCAUGUAUUUGUCAAAGCAUUAAGUGUGAGGUAGAAUACAAGCAGAUGUUUGGACACAUUAUCAACAUCACCGACAUUCGCCUUGUUGUGAUUUGAGAGUGAAUGAUUGUCCGUUUUAGAGACGGCAUGAUGCUGGCACAUCUCACAAGACUCUGUUGUUUACAUUUGAAGUUAAAUCCAGACCCAAACAUGCUUUAAGGUCAGAGCCUCUGUGAGUCUAAGUCGACUUAGUAGGCCAGCUGGACUGUAUAUCUGGUCAUUGGACCUCGACCCAGCAAGCAAUAGCCGUCAUUUCACUGUUUAGGUUAACCCGAUAAAUUCUGGCUAUGACUAACCCACUUAUAGCCAAUAUAAACUUGAAGUUGGUUACAUGCUGUUUUUGCCAAAAUUACUUGCAAGAUGUAUGAUAUUCCAUCAUGUAAACAAAGUCAACAGUGAGGUGUUUGGUUUCAUUUAUUUAUUUAUUUGUUUUAUUUCAUUUCAUUUAUUUUAGGCUAUGAUUAGACAUCUAUUACAUUUUCAUAUCAGUGGCAGCCCAAAUUUUGCCUUGAUUUAGCCUAGAUGGAUAUUAGACAUCUUUUAAAUGCAAAAUUGCUUGCUGAGGAGCUUCACAAACAACACAACUUUUGCAUUUCAGAUAGAGGAUGAAUCUAUUGUUAGGUAUUCAUAGAUUUAUGAUGAUCAUUUCAAAGGAAGGAAAAACUCUGACCUGCAAUACAGACUGCAAGGCCAACAUUUCAACUGGAAAUUUUAGGUCAGCAAUCAUUUAUUCAUUUCAGAUCGAAUCAUUCUGAAAGUCAUUGGUUUCCAGUUGCUUCCUAUUAACGGGAAUGAGAUAUCUGUUCCUGCAAUUAUUACCACCAAAUUCCAACUUUCUCAUUCCAAUGUAAUUUACGGCACUUUUAAUUUCCAAAUUGCCAAAUAGUGUAAUAAACAACUCUCUAUUUUAAUAAACAAACAAAUUAUUUUAUAGUUCUAGUGUCUCAGCCACGUAAGGCUUUGAUAAGCUUUGCUGUCUUAUCAGUAGAGAAAAGCUAUGUGGAGUAUUGUCCUUAUUCACAUCAGAUGAACUGGAAAGUCACCUGCUGCUAUGCAAUAUGUGAUUCUGUGUUAAGUGAAUGACAUGGUAAAGUUAAUGUUUCACUGUGUAAGCUGGAUUAGAUAAUUAAAUAACCACUUACGUCAGUAGUGAGGAACAUUUCUUUUUCCUGAGUACAAAAUGAACCAAGAACGAAUUCAAGUUGAUUGCUCUGAGUUAUUUGUUUACUUCUUCUGACGUCAGCUUGCGAUAGAAUGGAGCAAAGAGUUGAAAGAGUGUUAAGGAAGAAAGUUGGUGGCUCUCUGCAAGUGUACAGUGGUGUAAACAGAAAGUGUGGAAGGUUUUGCAUAGUGAGAGUUGAAGCCCGAUUUAAACAAUCAUAUUGAUUUAAUCAUUUGCUCAAAAACAACUAUUUUAUGUGUGAAUGUGAUGUUGUUUAAUAUUGUAAACAUUGUACAUUAUAUUCAAUCAUUUAUGAAGAAAUGUAUUUGUGGUGUUUCAUAUCAUAUAAAUUACUGGCCUUAUUUUCGGACUGACCAAAGGAUAUGAACGCCACAAUGCUGUGUACUUUCAUGGCUGCAAGAUACAAUUUUGUCAGAACUUUUUGACAAGUAGCCAGACUUUGACUUUAAACACAUGCUGUGUGUUUGUUCACUGCUUUGUUUUGCCUGUGAGUUGCAUUGCAGUGCUGUAUAUUUACUUCAUGAGUGAACUCAUUGUCGAAGUGUCAUUUCAGAUGAUCUUUUUAGGAUCUUGGGGUAGUUUAGACAAAACUGACACGUAAGACACCUGCCUGUAGAUUGUAAUUUUUUCAAAAUAAAUAUACUUUUUGUGUA